AUGGAAGGUCUGCCUCACGGCUCGGCGCAUGCGAUAAACACGACAGUGGCUUCUUACCCCUCUUCGACAGCAGCAUCACCGCACCUGCCCCCGCAGCAGCAGCAGCAGCAGCCGCAGCAGCAGCCUCCCCACACGCUGCCACCGCUCCAACCAAGCCACCCUGUUAUGCAACAGGGCCCCUACGGGAGCUACCCGCACACUCCUAGAACCCCGGCAACGCCCAACACCCCGAGCUCCACGAGCACCAUGGCAAGCUACCCACCCCCGCCUGCUCAGAACGCGGGUCGCGGCAACACAUAUCCGAUCAUGAGCAACAACACCUACCCGCAGCAGCCGUAUCCCGGCGCUUCGUCGAGUAUGAUGCCGCCUACUACGACGGCCGCCUCGCACCCCCAGCCCAUCGCUCCCGCCCCUCCUACGGCCGGCGGCCGGGCUGCACCGGUUCUCCGACCCAUGCCUGCUGGUGGUGUCAUGCCUCAGCCGGGAAUGAGUUCUCCUUACGGCCAAAGCCCGCUGAUGGCUCAGGCUCCCAUGAUGGCCGAAGGCGACCCCCCCACUCAUGUCGUUGGCUCGCAGGGCCGUAGGGGAAUCCUGCCCAGCGCCCCCGGCCGACCCCCCGCGCCUGCUCCUGGAUCGGCUCAAGCAAAGAACCAAGUUCCCCAGAAGGAUGCCGACGGAAAGUUUCCCUGCCCUCAUUGCACCAAGACUUACCUGCAUGCGAAGCACCUGAAGCGUCACCUCCUGAGACACUCUGGCGACCGUCCGUACAUGUGCGUUCUGUGCCACGACACCUUUUCGCGCAGCGACAUUCUCAAGCGUCACUUCAUCAAGUGCUCUGUCCGCCGCGGCAAUCCGACCGGCGCCAGUCACUUGUCGCACCCCCAAGCGCACGUCAAGAAGAAUGCUGCCGCCCAGCAAAAGGCUAUGGGCACAGAAGGCGACGUGAAUCAUAUGAACGGUAUGGGAAACAUGCCUGCCGACGGAAUGGUUCAUCCGUUUGGCAUCAUUCCCGCUUCUGAUGGCAUGAGCAAUGUGGCCAACGAUCAAAGCCAGCUCUCGAGGUCUAGUAGCAUCAACAGAGCAGCCGACGACGCGAACCGCGAUAGGAGAAGCAUGACCGCAUCCGUCAUGGCCACGUCUACGCGUCCCAGCAGCUUUGAUCAGCCGUACAACGGCGGCGAAGUCGCGAACAACAUGACGGCCAACAUCAACCCGCAGCUGGCGAAUUACAGCAUGCCCCAGAACCAGAACGGCAUGCCCAUGUUUGGAGGGUCAGGCUCGACGGAUUGGUCGCAGAUGUUCCAGGCUGGUGCGCAAUCCACCUACGUCAAUACGAUCCCAUCUAAUACCGGACAGGGACAGAUGCAGACCGUAAUCAAACCCGAGCCUAGCCAAAGCUCCACGCGAGCGGUUGGCAUUCCUGGCGACAAUCCCGCCGACUCAUUCCUCUUCCCCUCGUGGGGGGUCCCGUCGUCAUACCCGAGCCCUUACCAUCAACUUUCGACCCGAAUCCUCGAUUUCUUGCGCUCCCCGUUCGCUGCCACCGACGCCGCCUCCAGCUUCCUCGAUUUUUACUUUCAUGCUGACAAUAUUCGCGUCUUCCUUGAGAACUACACUCACUUCCAUGCUCACUUGUCGAUCCUCCACAUCCCCACGUUCCGCGCCAUGGAGACGCACGUCGGACUUCUGGCAGCCAUGUGCUGCGUGGGCGCGUGCUAUUCGGAGCUAAUCCCUGCGGCUAACAUUCGCGAGGUCGUCGACUCCUUGAAAGCGGCGCUCGAAGGCUCGUCUCGCAUGUUUGCGUCGCUCAUGCAAGGUGGCUCAGAGGCAGUAUAUGACUUUGCCAGUUUUGGAAGCAACAAGACGGAUCUCGAGGAGCUGCAGGCAAUCAUGCUUACCCAGGUUUUGUUUACGUGGCAUGGCACCCCGGUGCAGCGCGAAAAGGCUCGCAAAACCUUCCCCCUGAUCGCCUCGUCCGCCCGCAAGGCUGGUUUACUUCGCCUUUCAACCAACGGUUCACUGUACAGCAUGGCUCAUCAGCCCCAUUUCUCACCCGCGAACUUCCCCAUCUCCCAGUUCAGCUGGCAUGCCUGGGUAGAACAGGAGAAGCGCAUCCGCACCAUGUACAUGAUCUUUGUCUACGAUAUCGCUCUCGGCUUGUACUUCAACACGGGUCCGGAGUUUGACCCUUUUGAAGUUCGUCUCCCGUUACCAGCGGACGAUGCAGCCUGGGAUGCCAAUGAUAUCAACGAAUGCGCCGAAGCACUGGGCCUCCGUGGGCCGGAUGCCGCCAGGAUCCGCAAUCCUGAUGGCACACGGCGGAGUAAUCAGCCAGAGAUGCACUUGGUGUUGAAGGCUCUUCUUGACAGCAACUACCGUAUUCAGCCCGGGUCUACGAAUCUCUUUGGCAAGUUCAUACUGAUCCACGCGCUUCUUGGCAUAAUGAGACGGGCCCAGGUGGAAGGGGGCUCGGCGAUUCUGAAUCGUUCGAGCACACCCGUCCCAGCUCACGCCUGGUUUGUUGGGGCCCAAGGCAGUCCCGGCGCCAGCGGGCGGGCAACCCCGCUGGAUCUCGGGGCCAAUCUUCUUGAUGCGCAGACGGCCAAGGCGCUUAUGACUGCGCUCGACAAGUUCAAGAGCAACUGGGAUCAUGACAUGGCCACUCAGUUCCCGCCGUCUCCGGCCGUCAACCCCCGGCGCUAUGGGUUUACUAGGGAUGGGAUCCAUUUUUACUGGCUGGCGACGUAUCUUCUCAAGAGCACACGAACAACGGACCUGCAGAUGGCGCCCGACCAGCGGUUUGGCUAUAUCAUUCAUCUGCUGAAGUCGGUCAAGCAGUGGGUCUUGACAGAUGGGGCUUCCCGUGGAGAGGAAUUGGGAUCUGUCGGUGACAUCGAUGCGGCGUACGGAGCAAAGGACGUGACGCUCGACAUGACACAGCUUUUUCGACCACUCCCGAGGGCGAGGAAGUCGCCAGGCUUUGCUGCUGUUCAGACGGCGAGCAUGCAGAGCCAACAAUAA